AUGAAUUUAAAUAGUAAACAUGAAGGAUUUAGUUCAGAUGAUUCGGUUGAUAUGAGUGAUUACAAAAUUGAAUCUUCCAAUAAACAGUCAACAAUCAGAUAUUCCAAUUCAAAAUCAUCGUCAUCAGAUGAGAGUUUGACGGAUAUGAUAAAAAAGAAAAGGCAAUAGAUCAAUAGGAAAGUGUAUGGAAAGGAAGAGUAGCAAUAACAGGAAUUAGAUGAUGCCACAUUUGAUCUCUCUGAUACUUAUAACGAUUCUAAUAAGUUCAAAAUCGGAAAUGAAUCAACACUUGAAUCAAGAAUAAAGAAAUUGGAGCAAGAAUUGAAUACUAGUGUGAAAUCCACUCUCUAGAGGAAUUACUAACAUAAUUAAUCUGCAUCAAUGACUUCAGUUGAUUCGUUCUCUGUUGAUUUUAAGCAAUUUUAAUAAUCAGACCUCAAAGUCAAUUAUUACAAUAACCGACUUGAAUCACUGAGAUCCAAAAAUUAAGAACCUGCUAUUGAAUGGAAAAAGGGACGUAAGAUAGAAGAAUUCGAUUUUGAAAUUUAAAAUCUCUAACAAGAACUCGAAUCAUUGAAAGACAGCCUUAACAAAGAGGAAAAAGAGUAAAAUAAAUAGAAGAUCAAACUCAAGCAUUAGUUAAAACAAUACACCUAAUCCAAUUCCGAGGAAGACGAAUAAGAAUAUAAUGAACGAGUAUAUGAGUUACCAGUUCAAUAAAAUCAUUAGAAAAGUAAAAAAUUGGCUUCAAGUUCAAAAAAAUCAUCUCAUCAUUCUGCCUAUGACUAAAAUCAAAAUUAGGUUCAACCUACAAACUUUAAAAAAAAGUCCAGAGCUGAAGUUGAGAUCAUUGAUGAAUUGCCUGAAUAAAACUCAAGAAGCAAAAACUAAGAAGAGAGUUCAAGUGAUUCUGAAAGUGAAAAUGAAAUAGAAGAACCACAUAAACCAUAGCAUAAAAGUCAUGCCUCCAAAAAAUAAACCUCUUUUCAAAAUUUACCCAUCUCAACAAUUGAAUUUAAAGAGAAGGAUGGAAAUGAUGUGAGUAUAGAUGUGGUUCCUUAAAAGCAUAAAUCAAAUAGUUAAGCUCCAUAAAUUUUAACUGAAAAUUAGUUUCCUAAUACUUUAAUCCUUCCAUCAAAAACCUCUUUAUAAUGUGAUGUUUCAAGAUUAUACAAACUUAAUAAGGAAGUAGAAGUUUUAUAAUAAAUAGAGAGAAUAAGGGAUAAAUUAAAAAAGUCAAUCAAUAAAAAAAUGAAUACUGAAAAAGUUGUUGAACGCUAUGAUCCAUCUUUCACAAUGCCCUCUAAAUCAAAAAUACUUAAUAAGUCUGGAAAACUACAUUGUCCUAAUUGCACUUACCUCCUUAAUAAAGGAAUGAGUUCAGCUUAUUGUCAUUGUAAUAAAUGA